UACACACACAGUAAGCGCAUCAUCGUCAACAUUCCCGAUCGCCAAUGUCUCCAAUGUCUGGCGUCGCUUCCCGUUGAUCCUCUCCGCCCCCGCCCAAUCCAGACACAAACCACGACAUGACACUAUGUCGACAGAGGCCACGCGCCCGCUUUUGCUGCCGCAAAACCGGAAACUACGACAUCUUCGCGGGAUCGCGCUGAGAAACCUUUCCUUCUCCCGGCCCCGCGGCCACAGCAUCGACGACGCCAUCCUCAACAUCAAGAGCCCCGCCAAGGUCGAGGCCCUGAGAGACACGCCCCGUCUGCACCAUGCCUUGUCCUCGGACGACCUCCAGCCGCCAACUGCCCGGCGCAGGAGCACAAACCUGGCCAGCGUCAGCCCGGCGACCCGGCAAAAGAAGUUCGAGGACGCAUUCGAUAGUCGACUGGCCGACGCCUUUUUCUCGUUACACAUCCAGGGAGUGGAGGAGCCAAUUUACAUUAGCGAAGUCGGAGAACGCGCAACGAACUUCAACUUCCGUCCGUUUGAACUCUGCGAGCUCGAUUCAACCAUCACGCAGUCCCCCAAGGUGACGGUCAAAGUGUGGGCAAGACGGAAUGAUGCAUGGUCGCUGUUGCGGGAAGACGAGGUCGACCUGCGCUCGCUCAAUUGGCUCGGAACGCUCCACAACGUCCACUUCCCGCCAAACUCCUUGGUGUUCUACCUGGUAGACGGUAUCUACUCACUCGAGCUCGCUGGAAAGCCCACGCCCCCGAAGCAUACCGCGUCGGCUCCGACGUCGUCCUACAACGCGCUGAUGAGGCUGGCCACUCUGGACAACUCGAUCCAAGACGCACUUGCCACGCGCGAACUUCUUACCCAACAGAUCAACGACUUGCUUAGCCGCGAGAGGAAGAACGAGGUUCCAGAGGCCGAAGACUCGCUCGCACUGGCAAAGAAAUACUUGACACAACAGAGGCGGGCGGUUGCCCAUGCAAAGAAGCGGAACGACGACCUAAGGGCAUCCCUUGCUGCGCGCAAGGAAGCCAUCGCCCAGGGCCGGGCCGCCCAAGAGAGAGCCGCUAAGGACGUCGAGAACGCGACCGAAAAAUUGGCACAGUCCCAGGCUCUCCUCGCCAAGACGAAAUCCGAUAUCCAUGGCCAACGCCGCCGCAUCUGCGAAGACCUGUCGCGCAUCUACAACAUCAUCCCGGUGCCCCUGGGCCCUCCCCUCUCCUUUCAGAUAUGCGGUCUCCCCCUGCCCAACACCACAUCGGCCGACGAAACCCUCGCCGGCGCUUCCAAGUCCUCCUCCUCCUCCUCCGCCUUCUUCUCCUCCUCCGGCGGCGGCGGCGGCCCUCCCCCGAUUACCGAAGAUGCCCUCUCCGCCGCGCUCGGCCACGUCGCCCACCUGGCCGACGCGUUACAGUAUUACCUCGCCGUGCCGCUGCCCUACCCCAUCCGCCCGUUCGGCUCGCGCUCGAGCAUCCGCGACGACAUCUCGCAGCUGCCCGACCCGCAGCGCGAGUUCCCGCUCUACGUGCCCCGCGGCGGGUCCAGCGCCCAGUUCCGCUUCGACUACGCCUGGUUCCUCCUCAACAAGGACAUCGAGGCCCUCUGCAGCUCCCAGGGCCUGCGGGUCGUCGACAUACGCCACACGCUGCCGAACCUCAAGUACCUGCUGUACGUGUGCAGCGCCGGCACCGACGAGGUGCCCGAGCGGAAGAAGGGCGGCGUGAGAGGCCUCUGGGCCGGCCGCCUGAAGGGGCUCGGCGUGAACGUCGGCGUGGCCGGCGCCGAUGACGCUAGCAGCCUCGGCGGUGCCGGGAGCAGUCGGAGGGGGAGCGACGCGAGCGAGAUGGUGAGCAGGCAGAGGGAAGAACUCCGAAAAGCUGCGGUCUGCGGUGGUGGUAGUGGUGGUAGUGGUGGUGGUGAUGGUGGAAAGGAAAGGGAAAGGGAAAGGGACGAGAGCAGGGAACAUGGAAUCGAUGGCGGGAAGGGCCUGCCGUUUGCGGAAGAGGGAAUGAAGUUGAGUUUGAGGACCAAGGGGUUGAGGGAAAACGCGGCUCCAUGAGAGAGCACGAGAGAGACGCUCUGCAAACCAGCGACCAAGACGGUAUAAUUACUCGGAAGGCAAUGACCCCGAGACUGUAUACGACUGUGCGACCUCGCGGUCACAUCCCUACGCAAAGCGGGCGGAUGAGCUGGUUUUAUCGUACCCAGAUAAUACUGGCAGCGAGGCGCCAGACAUCUUUGAUCGUCGUGCAGAAGAUGCUCCCUCUGUGGUGCUCACGUAUGGCCUGGGGCCGUCCCGCGUGCCCAUACACAUCUCGCGAGGAUUAAAAUCAAGGCGCUGGUGGCAGCAUACUACGUCGCGUCUGGCCGCCCUUGUUUCAGCCACGCGCUGUACCUAAGCAGUCGAAGAACAUUAGGCCUGGACGCCUCCGGCGCAA